AUGUUUAUAAAGUCGUUACAAAAAAAGCUUCAAAUCACUGUUAUGGAAGGAUUCAAUGCAUUCGGACAGUAUGUACCUCCACUUAUUUUGUUUCCGGGAGAAAGAUUACGUGACGUUGGACUAAACGGAUUCAUGGAGGCAAUUUAUGCCGCUACCGAAAAUGGGUGGAUGGAUUCAGAAACAUUUGUGGCCAUUGUACGUACUGUGGAAGAGUAUGCAAAAGCCCAAGAGAUAAGGUUUCCUAUCAUCCUUUUCGUCGAUGGUGAUUUUACUCACAUGAGUCUAACUGUUGCGGAGUACAGCAAGGAGAAUGACGUCAUACUGUAUCGUCUGUUGCCAAAUGCGACGCACAUCUUCCAGGUCUGUGACAUUGGAUUUUUCAGCCUGAUGAAAUCCGCAUGGAAGCAAUGUGCAAAGGAUUGUCAAAUGGACAAUAUUGGAAAAGUACUUGGCAAGAAAGAGUUUCAAGUCUGUUUAAAAAACAAAUUUUCACAGACAGCUGCGUAUGACAAACAUAACAUUUACAAAUAA